AUGACAGAGCUCGACGAUUACAAGCGUGAGAUGGUUUUACUAUUCCUUCCAUUCCGUAGUGAGAUGUGUGAUGUGCUCGAUUGCAACAAGUUUCUACAGUUGUACGAUGAGCAUGAAACCGUCUUGAUGCAGAAAAGAAAGAUAUACGACUGCGAGUUGAACCUGGAACACACUGUCGAACAAUAUCUGCGUAUGUGUGGUAUGGAUGCUGAUCAGGAUCAGGAAGCCACCACGGACAAGCACGACGAGUACAUCCGGGCGAUAAACAUGAAUCCGAACGACGACGACAUACAGAACCUGCCAAUUCAUGCAUUGAACGCCGUGGUUAAACAGCGGUCCAAUGUCAUGAGCAAGCAGGCUUACUGUGAACUGGUUCGAGCCACGAAUCCUGAACAGCGUUCGUUGAUUCUGCACGUCAUCCACACAAUGCAUAGCUUCGACGAUAACGACAAGCCGAUGCAAAUCUUCUUCACGGGUCCGGCUGGUAGCGGCAAAACGUUCACCUUGCGAAUACUGAUGGAGACAUACAACAGGUUCAGUCAAGCACAUAACGCACAGAACAACGCAUAUGUUGCUUGUGCUUCGACUGGCAAAGCUGCUGUUGCUAUUGGCGGAACAACGGUCCAUUCGGCUUUUCGUUUAACCAUGUCCCGCAGACAAAACUCCAAGCUGAGUUUUGAAACGCUCCAGCUGUACCGAAAUGCGUUUGCACAUGUUCAGGCAAUCAUCGUCGAUGAAGUCAGCAUGAUCGGUGCCAAUGUGUUAGAUACUGUUCACGCCCGGCUGCAAGAUAUUAAGGCGGAAUAUGACGAUCCAUUCGGUGGCAUGAACAUGAUUCUCGUUGGAGACUUCCGGCAACUUCCGCCGGUGAACGCUAGAUUUGUUUGGAAACCACCAGCAAAUUCUAUGCACGGUGCCGUACUCUGGCAAUCGUUACGAUACUUCCCUCUCGUCCGAGUCAUGAGGCAGAGUGACGAGCAGUUUUCUGCCGUACUGACGAAGAUUGGAAAUGGUGAACGAUUGACAGACGAAGAAACCAAGCUGAUCGAGAGUCGUUUCCGGACAGUGCAAUGGUGCAGAGAAAACGUCCCGAAUGCUGUACGUCUUUUUCCACCGUAA